AUGACUCGUCUAGGUCAAGGCCCCGUGGCCCUUCCAAUCCGAGCGCCGCCUUCGUUCGCCAUUUCGUCUUCGGUUUCGCCUGCUCAGGCAAAUCCCAUCAAACACUACGGCAGGGAUGCGAAAACCUUCAAAGCCGCCGACCUCCGCUUCGAUGACGGCUCGUUCAACAAGCCUGGCACAAAGGCCUACUACAAGAGCUUUGGGUUCCGCGAGAAGACCAAAAGCACCAGCGAUCAGAAGAUGGCCGGAGAGAGGAACGAGAAGCAGUCACUCGUCAUGAUCUUCAGCAGAAAUGCUGUCAGGCGAUCUGCCCUGACGGGCUCUGUCGCAAACAGAGCUUGGAAGCUGAGCAAGAGGCAGAAGUUCAUGCGCAAGGUCAACAACGACGAAAAGUUCUUCAAGUGGGAUUGA